GCAACAUUCCCUGCAAUAUCUGAGAUACGUUCGUUUGUUUCCUAAGUGCAAGAUGUUUCUGUCUUUGGCUUCAGCUUUUGCCUUAUGUUCAUUCAUAGUUGGGUCAAACGGUGAACCCCUUUGGAGUUUUGCCAACUUGACUUCGGGAGACCAGUUCUGUCCUGAAGGUUACUCGCUCGUGGGAAGCCAGUGCCUCAUGUUCGUCACCUUCGCUCUGGAAAAUCACAGGGAAGCGAAGCAAACGUGUCACUCUGUUUCAGGGGAACUGUUGGCUAUUACUACGCCUACGCAGUUUGUGCACGUUGUAAAUCAUAUCCAUGCUUACGGUUACACUGGACGACAGUUCUGGUUGGAUGGAUCGGACGCGGAGAAGGAAGGCAACUGGGUGACUUCCUCUGGCCAGGCGGUCCCUCGAGGAACUCCCUUCUGGGCGGCCUUCCAAGACACCCAACAACCUGAUAACGCCCACGGAGCAGAACAUUGUCUAGAGAUGGAGUCUUCCGAGUUCUUCUAUCUGAAUGAUGCAGUUUGCGAGGACAAAAGCAACUUCAUCUGCCAGUACAAUCCCCAAAAGCAAGACAAGCGAGACUUAACCCCAACCACUCAAGUUCCAAAGGCAGCUCACUUGGAAGGCUACAGCAGCCAAUGCCCAACCUUUUACGUGGAGGUCGGAGGUCUUUGCCUGAUGUUCGUCACGUGGGCGGUGGAGACCUGGCACGAGGCUCAGCAGACAUGUGGAGACUCGAGCGACCUCCUGGCUAUCACUGAUGCUGAAGUCCUAAGAGCUGUAUACCUCUACUUGCACCAAGAAAAUAUAGCAGACCAUAGCUUCUGGCUGGGUGGUUCCGAUUCAGCCGAAGGAAAUUGGGUCUAUACCACAGGAGAGGCUGUCCCUAUGGGCACACCUUUCUGGGGUCUAUAUAACGAAGUCCAAGAACCUCAAGGAGGCACCAAGGAGAACUGCCUGAUGCUCCACUCUCCAGGUUCUCACUACUUCAGGGACAUUUCUUGUUCGUCGAGACUGAACCCAUUGUGUGUUUAUCAUGGGUAGGCAGAUCUGAGACUUAAUAGCUGCAUUGAAUGAUUGUGUAACGUAGAAAUAAAGCAUAAUGACGAAAA